AGCAAAACUAACUCAAUGCGGAAGUAAUUACAUCACUAACAUGUUUAAAACACAAAAACACUUUCUUCUCCCCUCGGAGGACCGUACAGUUUCUCCAAUGGCGGCCUCUGAAUCUUUGUUCUUCUCCAUAUUCUUAGCCCUAACAUUCGCCAUAACUCUAGCAGAGCCAUCGCUUCCCGAAAACUUUGUUUCUGCACCAGAGGUUCAAGGGUCCACUCUUGGAGUCGAACUCGAGCUGCUCAAGUCCAGGAUUGCAUCACUAGAAAUGGGCAUUGAUGAGAGAAACCAUCAAUUGAGCGAAAAAGAUAAAAGUAUUAAACAAAUGCAGAAGACAAUUCAGGUUAAAGCAGAUAACAUUUCGUUAUUACAAAUCGAGAUAAAGUUGCUUCGGGAAUCUUUGUAUGGGAAGGAAUAUAUGAGUAAGCCAGAUCAACAAGAAGGUGAAAUCGAGAAGCAGGUUGAAAGACUAAGGACGGACAUAGAUAAGCAAAGUGACAAAAAAUAUGGAUUGGGAGCCCGAGCAUAUGUAGCAGAGAAGAAAAUACAACAAAUGAAUUCAAAGUUGAAAAAACUUUAUAUAGUUAAUGAUGAACAAGAAACCAUAAUUCACAAAAUCGAACAUCUUCUUCAAGUGGCAGAGGAAGAAUUGAUGAAGGCAGAAGUGGAGACUGCUUGGGUUCAUUUGGAGUGGCUUCCCCAUUGGCUUUCAGCUCAUUUAGGCCAUAUUCAGUUGUACAUAGAGGCUUAUUGGAUCAAAGGUGGGAAACAGGUCAUGGAUAUAUUAUUUCAGAAGGCUUUAGAAAUGAAAGCUCAAGUAGAAGAUUGGAUUAAGCUGCAGAUUGAAAUGAUUAAAGUGGACUGGGUCCCAAUUCUAAAGGAACAAUGGUUGGUAUUUGUAACCUUUGUCAAGUUGUGUGUUCAACUAUUGAUGGAAAAGCUUGUAGACAUGUACCAUGUAGCAAAGAAUUAUUUUGCACCACAUGCUGUCAAGGUUUCAAAAGACCUAGUUUCUUAUGCUUGGGAAGCAAAGAAUCUUACAGUGUCUUUCUUGCAUCAUACUGCAAUGGUAGCAAGAUCUCUUUUAACCAAAACGUAUAUUACCUUGAAGCCAUAUACUAUAAAAAUGCUCAAUGAAUGUAAGACGUUCAUGACAUUUUUAGCUCGGUAUCAUUAUCAGGCAAAGACAUUUAAAUUUCUUUCGGUCAAUAGUGUGUUCUAUGGGCUUAAAGGUUAGCAUUGCUAUCUCCACCAUCUUCUACACAAAGCACUUCUUCUUGGUGGUGAUUUUCAAAUAUUGAUUCUGACAUUCUCUAUAUUCAUAUUGUGAUCCUUUGACUAUGUCUAUUCCAUGCAAUGUGAAACACUUCAUGGUGAGGUGGUAUAUGGAGAUGACUGCAUGUGUAGACUUUAUCAUGGACGUAGCUAAGAUUGUGUUUAAUGUUAAUAAGAAAUCUAUAACUAAAAUAUCUACCAUGAUUGUGGAAUGUGGGUUUUUCCCCAUUGUAAAAGCAAUGAUAAGAUUUUUGGGAGAAAAAAAUACAACAUCAUGUAAAGUCAUACAGUGGCAUCAUAGAUUUUUUUUUCAGCAAUGACCCGAAGAGUUCCAUUAUCUUAAAUGUGGAGAGGUACCAAAUGGUUUAAGCAAUUCCAUUGUACUAGUACCAAUCUUUGCUACAAUGACUAAAUUGUCAUUGCGAGGAUAAUGCAUCUGGUGAGCAUCAUCUUUAAAGGUGAUGUCUUUUGUUUUUCUUUGGUGGUUUCUUGUCGAGGUGGAGUGCAUUAGUGAGUUGAGGGCAGGCUUCAUUGGGGUAGCAUUCUAUAACUCACUUGGACUCAUGCAAAAUUUGCCCUCUAAAUAUUUUUCGGAUGAUGUUUGUCUCACCUUGCCCCAUUUGGCAGUCAAUUGUGAUGAGCUCCUUUAUAGCAUUUCUGAAGGCCUAAAUUUGAUAGUCUGUAUGAUGUUGUAAAAUUUACAAAAUUUCUUUGGAUCUGUCUUGGAUUGCUCACCCUCAAGGGAAAGACGCAAGUUGAACAACUCAAGGUGCCGUGGUAGCAUAAAUAUUAAAGCUAACUGGCAUGGGGUUCUUUUUACAACUCUUUAGAUUACUGUUUCUUUGGAACUCUGCCUUUAGUCCUUGCCCUUUCUCUUAUUUUCGUUCCUAUUCUCAAAUUUGCAAGGAGGUUGUGUACUUGGCUGAACAUCAAUAGUUCUCAAAACUUAGAUGGAACUUUCUAUGUAUAUAUAUUUCUCUAACAUCUUAUAUAAUCAAGCAAGAAAUCUAUAGUCCUCCCCAAUCUUCAUCAAGAUAUUUCUAAGAUCAAAAUGUGGAAGGAUUUUUGCAAUUAUUAAUGCAUGCACAGAUCCUUUGGAUCAUAAUUGACUUGGCAAGCCCACGAUUAAAUUGUUCUAUGUUUAAUAUAAGACUAGAGAAGCUUAUAGGAAAUAAAGCUAGUAAUUGGUUGCCAGAUGUUGACAGUAAGGAAUUUAUGUUUUCAACUGUUGUAUCAGCUUCCUAGUCUAUAGGAAUUCCUAUUUAUUGUAUUUAUUUCUUAAUAUGAAGGGUCUUAGUUGUUUGUUAUAUAUAUAACCUAGUUGUAUGUUGUAAAAGAUAGAGAAUACACAAAUAAAAAUAAUCUCUCAUACCAUUUUUUCAUGGUAUCAGAAUAAUAGAAGCUCAAAAUUGUGAUUUAUUUUUCAAUUUUCUUCAGCCCUCUCUUAAACAAUUAGGGAUCGGUAUUCUUGAGGUUCAAUCUUAGAAAAUCAUUUUCAAGUGUUAUUCUAUUGCUUGAAGAGCUGAAGUCAUCUCAGUCAUCACCUAUGAAGUUGUAAUGUGACAACAAGACAGCAAUUGCGAUUGCUCACAAUCCAAUGCUUCAUGAUCGCACAAAUUCAGCUUCAGCGCUGCUCCUAGCCACCACAUUUUGUUUCUUGCUUCGCCAAGUGACUAGAUUCCCACCAACAAAUGAGCAAUACCCUAAUGUAGAUCUUCUGUCUACUAUGCUUCCAGCCCAAUCUGCAUCAAUAUAAGCUUCAAUCUCUAGAUGCCCUCGUGGUUUGAACAAGAGACCUUUUCCAGGUGUUCCCUUUAGAUACCUUAGGAUUUUGUAGACAGCAUCAAAAUGUAUUGAACCAGGUGAAUGCAUGAAUUGACUUACCAUACUCAUAGAGAAGGCUAUGUCUGAUCGUGUAUGGAACAGAUAAAUCGGUCUCCCAACCAAUCUUUGAUACAACUCUCGGUCCUUCACACACUUCAGAUCUACAUGUUGUAGUUUAACAUUAGGUUCACUCGGUGUUUCAGCUAGUUUGCAGCCCAUCACACCUGUCUCAUUAAGGAGAUCUAUCACAUACUUACGUUGACUAACAGAAUUACCUUCUUUGGACCUAGCAAAUUCUAUUCCAAGAAAGUAUUUCAAAGUACCCAAGUCCUUGAUUUCAAACUCCUCACCAAGUCUUCCUUUCAACUUUACGAGUUCAUCAGAAUCAUCCCCAGUGAGCACAAUAUCAUCCACAUAUACAAUUAGAAUAGCCACCUUACCCUCUUUUGAAUGUUUGUAAUACAUUGUGUAAUCUGCUUGACUUUGAGUGUAUCCAUAACGCUUUAACACCUUCUCAAAGCGUUCAAACCAGGCUCUCGGAGACUGCUUGAGUCCGUAUAAGGACUGUCUCAGUUUGCAAACUUUUCCUGCUCCAAAGUGAUUUUCGAAUCGAGGUGGAAGACUCAUAAACACUUCUUCUAAGUCCCCAUUGAGAAAGACAUUUUUUACAUCUAACUAGUGUAAAGACCAAUUAGAGUUAUCUGCUAGAGACAAUAACACACGAAUAGAAUUAAUUUUAGCAACUGGGGCAAAUGUUUAUUGAUAAUCUAUUCCAUAUGUUUGAGUAAAUCCCUUUGCCACUAGCCUAGCUUUGUACCUCUUAACACUUCCACCAGUUUUGCUUUUUAUUGUAAACACCCAUUUAUACCCUACAAUUUUCUUUUCCUUCGGAAACUCUACAAUUUCCCAAGUACCAUUCCUUUUUAGAGCAUCCGUUUCCUCGAACACUGCAAGUCUCCAACUCGAUUCAUCUAGAGCUUCCUGUAUAUUCCUAGGCACAACCAUUUCUGAAAUUUUAAUAGUAAAUGCUUUAUAGGAUUGAAAAAGGUGAUUGUAGGAUAGAUAUUUGGCAAUAGGAUGUUUAGUACAGGCAUGGGUUCCUUUUCUAAGAGCAAUGGGAAGAUUAUCUAAUUUGAGAUUUCCUGGAGCUAAUUCUAGGGUAGGCUUAAGAGCAUAAUUAGAAUUUGAAGUGUGUUGAGAUGGCUGAAUAAUAUGUGGGAUUGAAUCGGAAAUAGGAAUAGAAGGAGAAUUACCUGGAAUACUUGAAGAACCAUUGUCCAGGGCUGGCAAUUGACUAGGUACAGAGAUGAUUAUGGGGUCUCUACUUUUUUCAGCAAAAUUCUUCCUUGAAUAAACCACAGGUUCAAGAUUGUUACGAUUUUUAAUCAAACAUAGCAUUUCUUUUUCUGACAAGCCAAUUUCAGAUUCGGAUUCAGUGGGAUUAGUUUCCUUAACAAUAGUAUCAAGCAUAGUCUUAGGUAAAGGUUCGAAAUAGGAAUAGAAGGAGAAUUACCUGGAAUACUUGAAGAACCAUUGUCCAGGGCUGGCAAUUGACUAGGUGCAGAGAUGAUUACGGGGUCUCUACUUUUUUCAGCAAAAUUCUUCCUUGAAUAAACCACAGGUUCAAGAUUGUUACGAUUUUUAAUCAAACAUAGCAUUUCUUUUUCUGACAAGCCAAUUUCAGAUUCGGUUUCAGUGGGAUUAGUUUCCUUAACAACAGUAUCAAGCAUAGUCUUAGGUAAAGGUUCAACAGUUUCCCAAAAAUUUGAUUCCACUAAAUUCUCCCCCUAAAUUAAAUUUUUCAAAAAAUAAGGGAUAUUUUCCACAAAAGAUACAUCCAUAGUUAUGUGGAUACGUUUAGUAAUAGGAUUAAAACAUUUAUAUCCUUUCUUAUUAGGGGUAUCCCAAAAAAACAUAUUUUUCAGCUCUAGGAUCUAACUUAGACCUAGACCGUUUAGGAAUGUGGACGUAGGCAGUACAACAAAAAAUUUUCGAAGGUAAAUCAGAAUUAAUCUUGGAAUCGGGAAAGAUUUUUUUUAAACUUUGUAAUGGAGUAAUGUAAUUUAAAAUUUUGGCGGGCAUCCUAUUUAUCAAAUAAGAUGCAGUAAGAAUGGCAUCAUCCCAUAAAUAUUUUGGAAUUUGCAUAUAAAACAUCAUGGCAUGAGCUGUUUCUAGCAAAUGCAUAUUUUUUCAUUCAGCUACACCAUUUUGUUCAGGUGUAUCUGGACAAGUAGACUGAUGCAAAAUGUUUGUCUUUCAAAAAAAUUCCAAGGAUUUUAUUGAGAUAUUCAGUUCCAUUAUCAAUUCUUAAAAUGCUGAUUUUUGUUUGAAAUUGAGCUUCAAUCAUUUUGUAGAAAUCUGAAAAAAUCUGCUCAACUUCAUUUUUUUCUUUCAUCAAAUGUACCCAACAAAGACGAGUAUGGUCGUGUAUAAAAGUAACAAACCAUUUUUCUCCAGAAUUAGUGGUGACCUUAGAGGCUCCCCAAACAUCACUAUGAAAAAGAUAAAAAGGUUUUGAAGAACGAUAAAAAGUUUUAGUAUAAGAUUUACAUUGGCUUUUGGCCAAUAAACAACUUUCAUGUUGAAAAGAUAAGGAUUCAACCUUUUAAACAAAGAUGGAAACAAAUGUUUUAAAUAAGAGAAACUAGGAUGACCCAAUCUAUAAUGCCAAACCAUUAUUUGAUCAUGAACAGAAAAAGAACUAAUGCUACUUAGCCCUUGAACAAUUUUAUUCUUAGAAAUAUAAUCUUCAAAAUAAUAGAGACCAUUAGUCAUCUUAGCACUGUCAAUCGUCUUCCCCGAACUCUGAUCCUGAAAAAGACAAUGAGAAUCAUGGAAAAUUACACAACAAUUAGAAUCUCUUGAUAAUUUACUCACAGAUAGAAGGUUGCAGGUUAGAUUGGGAACAUGAACAGAUUUAAGAUCUAUUCCUUUGGACAAUUUUACAAGACCUUUUCUUGCAAUCGGUGAGAAAUUACGGUCUGCAAUCCUAACUUAUUUUUCACAUGAGUAAGGUUUAUAAGAGUCAAACAAAUUAGAAGAAUUUGUCAUAUGAUCAGAAGCUCCAGAAUCAAUUAUACAUGGAGCAUAAGUUGGGAAAAUACAUUUUGAAGCAUUUAUUUCUUUACCUGAUUGUGCGACAGAAGCAUUAGGAAUACCAAAUGAAGACGAGGUGGAUUUCAGCAGUGCAUGAAGAUGAUUCAUCUACUCCUUAGUGAAAGGAAUAGCCUCGACUUCAUUGGCAGUAGGAGUGCGACUAGAUCUUUCAGCCUUACUCUUCCAAUUUGUUGGUUUUCCAUGAAGUUUUCAACAAGUCUCACGAGUGUGGCGAGGUUUAUUACAGAAAUCGCACCAAACACGAGGUUUCUCAUUAGCUUUGGGUGGAUACGAGGUGUUCCUACUGUAGCCUCCUCCAACAGCAAGAGCUGAACCUUCAACAGUAGUGCCAAGAACCUUUUUUCCCAACAUCACGCUCCUACUCUCCUCUCUUUGAACCUCUGAAAAAACUUCACCUACUGGAGGUAAGGGCUGCCUUCCAAUGAUUCUCCCCCUCACCUCAUCAAACUCGACAUUGAGACCAGCCAAGAAUUUGUAAAUCUGGGUUAUCUCAAUUAUUUUCUUAUGGUGUUUACCAUCUUCAGCAGAUUUCCAUUCAUAAGUAUCGAAGAGAUCCAAGUCUUGCCAUAUUCGCUUCAAUGAAUUGAAAUACUUUGCAAUGCUGUCCUCCCCUUGCCUUAUCUCUCCAAGUCUGAGAUUCAACUCAAAUACUUGAGAGUGGUUUUCGAGAUUUGAGUACAUCUCAAUAACAUUGUCCCAUAGUUCUUUUUGCAGUAGGAUAACACAUAGUUUGAGCUGAUAUCUUCCUCCAUGGAGUUAACAAGCCAUGCCAUGACCAUAGAAUUUUCAGCAUCCCAGGUGUCGUAGUUUGGAUCUGUCUCUGCUGGAGCCUUCUUCUCACCAUUCAAAUACCCCAUUUUUCCUCGACCUCUCAUAUACAUCUGAAUUGAUUGAUACCAUCUCAGAAAGUUGUCACCAUUCAAACGAAUGGUGGUGAUUUGGACAGAAUGGGAUUCGACAGUGGUGGAUUUGGUUGGAAUUGGAACAAUGAUGGAAUCGGUGGGAAUGGCUUUUGUGGUGACUGAUUCGCUACUGUCUGUCAUGGUGGAAUGUGAUUUCUUUGGUGCGAUUUAGGGCUUAGGUGCGACAAGGGAAACAGUCGACAAAGUCGACAAAACGAUUUAGGGAUGGUGCGAUUUUUUGGGUUUCAUUUCUUGCUCUGAUACCAAGUCGACAAAAAAGGUUUGUUUUUGUUAUUCUAUUGCAUAUACACAACUGUGUAUUUAUCAUGUACAAGAACCCUAUUAAGGGAAAAAAUCAUAUAAUAAAAACUGAAUAAAAUCUCAUAACUAUACCCUAAAAUCAUGGAUCAAUAACUGUAAUUUCUAUCCUACAGCUAUACACAGAUUAUACAUGCAUUAGAGAAGAUUUUCCUACAGAUUAUAAGAAACAUCAUUUCCUUUCCAUACUUUCUCAGGUUCAUCACCGUGCAAAAGAAUUGAAGGAAAAACAAAACAAAAUUUAAUCUAGUCAAUCACGGUUCUAGUAGCCUCCUCCAAAAGGCCUUAAGUAGCUUGGCAUGGGAAAGCAUACACCUAAUCAUUUCUUUUAUGAUUCUGUUUCUUCAUUCUGCUAAUCUGUUUUUCCAAUCAUGAUACCAUGUAGUUUAUAAUACUUUGUCAAAUAGACCCCUAUACUCACCACCAUUAUUUGCUUUAACACAGUUCGACUUUCUUCUAGUUCCUCUUACAAUUUUGACAUUAAAUUCUUUAAACACAUUGAGCACUUGGCUUUUAGUUUUCAUAACAAAAGCUCAAAUUUUUGUAUAAUGGUCAUCAAUAAUAAUAAAAAAAAACAUAAUAAAGUGAAGAGGGAAAGUAGCAUCACAUGCUGCACUAGAUCCAUUAAGAAAAGAUGAAGUACUUUUCGUGGAACAUAGAGUAAGUGUAAAAAUGGUGAGGAAAAGAUCACCCUUCUUUCUGUAUUUUAUUUUUGUGAUACAAAUUUACAACUUAGGGCUAGUAUUAUAUAGGCUAUACACUAAUCACAACUUUAAUUACAGAAUACUAAAAAAUCCUUAUAAAUGAGGCACCCUUUGAUUUCCAUAAUUGUCAACACCCCCUCAAGCUGGACUAUAAAUAUUGAUGAGUCCAAGCGUGUUUACUAGGAAAUCAAAUACUCGUUCAGAUAACCCUUAUGUGAGAAUAUCAGCCAGCUGAUGAUCUAUUUAGACAUUUAAUACUGAUAAUUCCUCCAUCAAUCUUCUUCUUAAUAAAAUGACAAUCUACUUCAACGUGUUUGGUCCUAUCAUAGUGUAUAGGGUUAUGGGCAAUACUAAUGGUAGACUGGUUAUCACAAUAAAGCUUAAUAGAGGCUUUAUACUCAAUCUUCAACUCCUCUAAUAGGCGUUUGAUCCAUAUUGCUUCACACACUUCAUGGGUCAUGACUCUAUAUUCUGCUUCUACAAUGCUUCUAGCAACCACUGCUUGCUUUUUACUUCGCCAUGUUACCACAGUCUCCCAUACCAUUGUGCAAUAUCCAGAUGUAGACUUUCUAUCAUCAACUGAGCCAGCCUAGUUUGCAUCUAUGAAUACUUCAACUUUCCUUUCAGUUGUCUUUUGGAAGAAAAGACCUUUUCCUGAAGUUUGCUUAAGAUACCUCAAAAUUCUAUAUACUGCAUUGAGAUGUCCUUAACACGUAUCAUGCAUAUAUUGACUAACAAGACUUACUGAGAAAGAAAUAUCUGGUCUGGUGUGUGAGAGGUAGAUUAGCUUUCCUAUUAGCUGUUGAUUCCUUCCUUUAUCAACUGGAUUUCCUUCAAACAUCCUCUUUUUGUCUCCGAGCUCAAUUGGAGUUUUGCUUGGCUUACUUUCAAGCAUACCUGUCUCUUUUAGAAGAUCAAGAGUAUAUUUUUUUUGGGACACAAAAAUACCGUUCUUGCUUCUAGCAAAUUCCAUCCCUAGAAAAUGAGUGAAACGAGAUUCUUGACUUCGAACUCUUUUGCCAAUAUUUCUUUGAUUGAAUUCAUUUCUUCAGUGUUGUUACCAGUGACAAUUAUGUCAACAACAUACACAAUUAACAUUGACAUUUUUCCCUUCUCGGAGUGUUUAAUAAAUAGAGUAUGAUCAAUCUGACCUUGCGUGUAUCCAAGUCCCUUGACUACUUUCAGAAAACGGUUGAACCAUGCUUGAGGAGAUUGUUUCAAUCCAUAUAGAGACUUGUUCAACUUGCAGACUUUAGUUGUAUUGGGAGGAUUUUCAAAACCCGGGGGCUGACUCAUAUACACUUCUUCUAAAUCACUAUUUAAGAAUGCAUUCUUCACAUCAAGCUGAUGCAACUCCCAAUCCAGGUUCACUGCAAGCAAAAGUAAUACUCUAACAGUGUUGAGUUUGGCAACUAGAGCGAAAUUUUCUGUGUAAUCAAUUCCGCAGGUUUGAGAAAAACCCUUGGCAACUAACUGAGCUUUGUACCUCUCAAUAGAUCCAUUAGUAUCGUAUUUGACGGUAAA